UUAUUACGUUCUGUGUGUUGUGUCUUUUGUCAUUGUCAAAGAGAAAAAAAGAAAAACUCAAAUUAUAUGAACACGAAGAACAGCGUCCUUGUGGACGUGUCAUCAUUCUUGUUAUUCGAAGCAUCUGCGGAUUCCGAGACUCAUGAAGACCAAGGUGGCCACGAGGGAGAUGAUGAUAAAGAUUAUGGGAAUGAUGCUGAGUCAACGAGUCAGGUGAGGAAUGGAUCAACUGGUUUUAACUCGAUGGAGAUGGAUGAGGAAGAAGAAAAAGAAGAAGAGCUAGACACGGGAGAGAAAGAAGAACACGAUGAGGAAGAGGUGAAUAGUUACGGGAGGUGGCCGGAGAGCAGAGAAGAUGAAAGCAGGAGGGUUGCUUCGUCUUCCACAAGGAAUGAUGAGAGGUUGAUGAGGAGGAAGAUUGAAAAUGAUCGAAUGUUUUGGGAAGCUUGUUUGGCUUCUUAGUCUAUAUGCAUCGAAUUAUUAAUUAGUGUGUGUUGUUGUUGUAUGUUUGAUUAUAUAUUGUUUAGAUACCUGUGUUAGAUAUGUGAUUUGUCAGCUAAUCAGUUUUUUGUAUUUGUAAAUUUAUAUCCUAGGAUACUUAAUAGUUACUUUCGUGA